UUAAUUGCGCCUAAAGACCCCCCCCCCCCCCCCCCCCUUUUUUUUUUUUAGCCUGGAUUCGUCCCAGGCAUGAAGAGGAAAGCUAAAACUAUGGGUGCAGCUCAGAGCUCCGAUUCAGCCUCCGGUCGGAACGUGUCUUCAGCUCCGUCUUCAAAUCAAAGUUUCUUUCCAGUUCCUCUGGACAUCCUGGAAGAAAUCUUCCUCAAUCUUCCCUACGAGCAGGUGGUGUGUGUGUGUCGGUUAGUGUGCCAUCAGUGGAAAGUUGUGGCUGACACAGAAUCCUUGUGGAAGGAGCGAUGCAGAAGAGAAGGAUAUCACCUCCGCGACGCUUCCAGAGUCCCCACAGACUGGAGGAUGUUUUACUUUUUGUGCAAGAAAAGGCGAAAUCUUCUCAAGAAUCCAAGGGGUGAAGAAAAAAUGAAGGGCUGGCAGAUAUUAGAGAAUGGCGGUGACAGGUGGAAAAUAGAGAAACCUAUGGUCCCACACCCUAACGACAAAGUCAAGCUGAACUUUGUGACCUCUUAUGGAAUGUGCAGGAAGGCGCAGCUGAUUGACCUGAAGAAGGAAGGCUACAACCCCGCGUUCAUGGACGAGUUCCAGCCAGACAUCAAAAUAACUGAUUGGUAUGCACCUCGAUGGGACUGCGGCAGCGAGUACGGCAUCUUUGUGCAGUUGCUCAAUCAAAAGAAGGAAGUUGUGGAGCGGUACACACCGGAGACGGUCUACUUUGAACAGUGGAAUGACCAGCAGUGGAAGCAGCUGGUUCACGUGUUCCGGGACUACGGACCGGGAGUGCGUUACAUCCGCUUUAUCCACGGGGGGAAGGACACUCAGUUCUGGGCAGGGUGGUAUGGAAUUCGCGUCACAGACAGCAGCGUGGAGAUUUGUCCCGCGGUGGACACGUAGCCUCUGUUUUCAUGUACAAGCUACCGCUGUCAUUAUACAUGUCUAUAUAUUUAAAGUACCGUUUUAUUAAAUUAAAGCGACUGUUUCUGGAUGUGCUUCAAUUUCCAUGUGAAAUGCCAUUUGAUGGAACUUCCAAUGCUGCACUACAGGUCAAUUUCUUUUAGCAUAAUAAGCUUUGUGAAAGGAGGGUCAUGAGUUUAAGUGGCACUGAAAAGAUCUUAAAUACAGCUUUUUUUCCCCCCUAUCCUAUGAAGUCAAAUCACUUUGAGUCUAUUUGAAAUGUUCAAACCUAAAAUACAUGUGACUGAAGGUUUAUUGAUGAAGAUAUUUCUAUGCAUAUCUUCAUUUUGAAACUAGUUGUCAGGUUAGCAAAGCGCCAAUGCAGCCGAUCCAGUUUAAGCUUUGCGUAAAAGGCAUUCUUUCAUUUCACCUUCUCCAUUUGAAAGGUUUGCUUGAAGAAAUUGUGAAAUAGAUACUAUGGCACCUUUAAGAUAAAUAAAUAAAUAAAUAAAUGAACCGUUUCAAUUUGAAGGACGAGUUUCAGUGACCCUGGAAAGAUCUAAUGAAUGUAAAAUUUGAGUUUUGUAUUCAUCUUCUAAAUAAAGUUUUGAAAGCCAAAUCACUUGAAAUGCUCCUUAACGUCCAACAAAUAGCUUUUGACGAUUUACAAGAACAGAGAGCAGCUUUGCAGGAAAGACCUUUGGCACCGUUUCUUUGAAAAUAUCAUGGAAAUGUAUUCACUCAUCAUCACUGUACUUACACAGAGGCGUAUGGAUUCCCGCCUUUCAUUCUUUCACUGUGGCAGAAGCCAUUGACUAAUGCAAUUUACGGAAAAUCCCAUUGUUGCAACGAGAAGACAUCCUUAGAUCACAGAUCAUGACUUCAGUUCGCGCCGGAAAGAUCAAAUGUAUAUGGAAUGAAUUGCUUUUCUUUCUUUUAAUACAUGCUCAAACGUUAACUACUUCUGACUGAUAUUCAGAUAUCUGCCUGAUUUGAAAAGAUGGGUUGUAGAUGAGUCUUUUGUGCAUAUAUUUGUGAUGAAACCAGCUGUCAGAGAGCCAACGCAACCCACGAGAACAGAGCGCAGCUUUGAGGAAAGACCCUUUUAUACUUCACUUUGUUCUUCAUGCAAACAUAUUGCCAAAAUGCACUGAGCUGACGUGGACAUGAGGGGAAUCUGUGGGUGCGACACAGUAAUGUCAAAAUGCCUUGGAAUGAAUGUUAACUUCUCCGAUUAGUAUUUCGAUCUGUUACUACAUUUUCUAUGCCGCAGCAGAAUGAGACACUUUAUUUUUCAUGUUGUUGCUGCUGAACCUGGUGUGCUUUCCCCCCCCCCAAAAAAGACUGAUUUCUUCUACGAUGGGCACAAAAUGUACAGCUUGUAAACUUCAUGUAACAAAAAGAAAACCGGUCAUAUCUGAAGUAGGAUUUAAUCAUAAUACUGGUUUAUUGUGAUGCUUUAUUACAAGCAAGAUACAGUACAACUCUGAUGUCAAAUUGAAUAAUAAAAAACAAAAAAAAAAAGAAGCAAACUCAGACUCAGUUUCUUGGUUAAUUUGAUUUCAGUGUCGUAUCAGCUCCUCUAAAUCUUGUUAUCAGUGAUGCGCAUAUUUCAUUCAGUCAAUAAGUUAUGAGUUAUUCUCACUAUUAUUUACAAAUGGAAUUCAAGCCCACGAUCUAGGCACACGUGUAGUAGGAGACGGAGGCAGAUACCACUAAAGUUCAGUCAUUUCACAGGAUCUCACACUGUUAGCGAUGCACCAGGCAGGUUCACUUUACAAAAUAGUUAAUUAACCAAGCAUGGGAAAGUGGAUACGCUCCUGCAAACGAGCAGAAUUUGAUCACUGUUUGAGCCACGCGAGUGUCUUAUUGAAUCACUUCUGAUACAAUUACUUAAGUGACGAGUACGCUUGUGCUGGAGCUUCUUUAUGUGGUUUAAUUGACUCUGUGAUGCACACGAUACAUUUAUUAGCUCUCAGGUAUCUGCACCUUUCUUCAGGUAUCGUUUAUUUCAGGCCUUGUUUUGGCAAAAUAGAGAUUAGGAAAGAGCAUAGCCUAAAAAUGUCAUAUUCCAUCAUAUUUCCUCCGUCUGCCCGCAAGCU